CCCCACGGCCCUCACCUUAGCUGGGAAAAUGAUGUCAUAUCAAUUCUGGCGAAAGUUGAUCAUUAAUUAUCAUUGCUCACGGACCGAAGCUUCUAGCUGAAAAUGGAGUUUGCGAUGGUGGGAGCGGACGGCGGGUGCAACAGCCACCUGCCGUACGGGUACGCCCAAGCCCGCGCCCGGGAGAGGGAGCGAGAGAGGGAGCGCCAGGCGGCCCAGUCCAGAGCGGCGGCUGCGGCGGUGGCCGAGAGCGGAUCCGGAGCGGAUGGCGGAGGCGGCGGCUCUGAGGGGUCCACAUCUUCAUCCACCACCUCAUCGGGCGCGCAUCUCCUCAACAACCGCCAGCAUCCGUCUCGCGCCGCCUCCUCCAGCGCCAACAUCAGCAGCUCCUCCUCUUCCUCCUCCUCCUCCUCCUUCUCCUCCUCCUCCUCUCAGCACCCCGAGAAGCAGAGACUCCUCAGAGAGCGCAAAAAGCAACGCGGCGUCGGACGCUGGAGACGCAGCCGGACCACUCUCGGCGGGGACCUGCGCCACUCCGAACUGGCGCUGCUCGGAUCCGAGGAGGACAUCAUGAUCGAAGAGGAAGAGUGCGCCGAGGAAGAGGGGGAGGACGACGAGGAGGACGACGAGGAGGAGCGGGGAAUCAAGCGCUCCGGUUUUUUGUGCCACAUGGAUGACGAUGAUGAUGAUGAUGAUGACGACGACGACGACGAGACCGUCUCGAUUACCGACAGACGUCCUCAGUCCGGAUAUGCGAAUGUUUACAGCGAGUUGGGCUGCUGCGAGAGAGUUGUCAUCAACGUGUCGGGCCUCAAGUUUGAAACUCAGCUCAAGACUCUCACUCAGUUCCCGAACACGCUCCUGGGUGACCCAGACAAGCGCAUCCGCUACUUCGACCCGCUGAGGAACGAGUACUUCUUCGAUCGCAACAGACCGAGUUUUGACGCGAUUCUGUACUACUACCAGUCCGGGGGCCGCUUGAAAAGACCCGCCAAUGUCCCUUUUGACAUCUUCUCCGAGGAGGUGAAGUUUUACGAACUCGGACAGGAGGCCAUUGUGAAGUUUCGAGAGGACGAGGGUUUCGUCAAAGAGGAGGAGAAGCCUCUGCCGGAGGACGAGUUCAAGCGGCAAAUUUGGUUGCUGUUCGAGUACCCGGAGAGCUCCAGUCCGGCCCGAGGCAUCGCGGUGGUGUCCGUGCUGGUCAUCGUCAUCUCCAUCGUCAUCUUCUGCCUGGAGACGCUGCCCGAGUUCAGGGACGACAAGGAGUACUUGCAGCCCCGACACAACUCCACGCAGCCGGACCGCGGCUUCACCCCCUUCAACGACCCCUUUUUCAUCGUGGAGACCGUGUGCAUCAUUUGGUUCUCCUUUGAGAUCGUAGUGCGCUUCUUCGCGAGCCCCAGUAAAACGGCGUUCUUUAAGAACAUCAUGAACUCCAUUGACAUUGUUUCCAUUCUGCCUUACUUCAUCACCCUGGGCACGGACCUGGCGCAGCACCAAGGCAACGGGCAGCAGGCGAUGAGCUUCGCCAUCCUGAGAAUCAUCCGCCUGGUUAGGGUGUUCCGCAUCUUCAAGCUGUCCAGACACUCCAAGGGCCUCCAGAUCCUGGGCCACACUCUGCGCGCCAGCAUGAGGGAGCUGGCCCUGCUCAUCUUCUUCCUGGUCAUCGGCGUCAUCCUUUUCUCCAGCGCCGUUUACUUCGCCGAGGCGGACGAGCCCACCUCGCAGUUCACCAGCAUCCCGGACGCCUUCUGGUGGGCCGUGGUGACUAUGACCACGGUGGGCUACGGGGACAUGAAGCCCAUCACCGUGGGUGGCAAGAUCGUGGGCUCCCUGUGCGCCAUAGCUGGCGUCUUAACUAUCGCGCUCCCGGUGCCGGUCAUAGUGUCGAACUUCAACUACUUUUACCACCGCGAGACCGACAACAACGAAGACCAGGCGCAACCGGCGGUCGAGAGCAUGCCGCCCGGAUGCCCCUACUUCCCGGACUUUUUGCGCCAAUUGAAAGGCUCGCCGUCCGGCUCCUCGCUGGGGGACAAAGCCGAGUACAUGGAGAUGGAAGAAGGGGUGACGGAGUCAUUGUGCGGCCUGGACAAGAGCCCCAGUAAAGGCAACAACGGCACAGACAUAAGCAGAAGGAACAGCACUAACUCCAAAUCCAUUCAGACUGACGUGUGAUUACAAAUAUUUUUCUUUUCCCGGAGGAAAAAAAAACAAACAAAAAAAAAUACACAUUUAAUAUAUAUUGUUAGUCACCCAAACAAGUUUGACGCACGGGUCGUGAAGAGCUCCCCCUUUCGCCCAACUCCUUCUCCUUCACCGCCUCCUCCUCCUCUCUAGAUGCGCUUAGAGGUCACCAUGGUUACCAGGUCACACAAGUUCCAAACACAGCUUGCCCACAACGCGAAGACCGAUAUAUGUCACAUGACUCAUUGAUUUAGAGAGUCUAACUUUUGCUGGCUUCCAAAUUAGACAUAUGAUGAUGGCAUUAUAGAAAAGAUAGGCUCUGCACUCGCACUUUAUGAGUUUAAUCUAUCAAUAGCAGGUAUAAUAUCGAUAGUCAAUUUGUUCUUAUACAAUAAAGCCUCGUUUUAUUUGCACUCAAGAGGAUUUUGUGCUGGAUUAACAUAUUUUUAGAAACAACUAGAUAUUCUUCCAUCAUUUAAAAAAUAUUCAAAGAGACUUUUUGAAAAGAGUUGAAUAUUAUGAACCCCUGCCAAAGAAAAUGAAUCUCCUACCCCAAUUGAAAACUUCAUAAAAAUUCAUUAUUAAAGUUAACACUCUUCUUAGAUCUCCAAGCCUGUAUAAAGUGAAGCUCAAUGAAAGGGGAGUGCAUUUAGCAGUCAUCACAUAAACCAGGGCUAGAAAUAAUCAUGUUGUACUGUGCACCCAUUAUGAGAGCUAAGCACAGAAUCAGGAGGAAGGACUUUUCCCUCCAUGUUUUUUAAUGGAUAGGCCUCAACAUAUGACGUCAGUGUCCCCAAAUACCCACAAAUGAUAAUAUCCCUUUACAUGGACACAAAUGGAACACUGAAGCAAAAAAGACUCCAUUGAAGAAAUUCCCUGUGAGGGUGUUGUGAGCAACUUCCCCAUGUUACCUGGAUUGGUGUAGAUUUUUCUUUUUCAUUUUUUCAUUUUUUUUUAAUUUAUUUAUUUUUUUUUACUCAA